UUAUUAAUGAAUUCCCGGAACUUAAUUUCCACACCUCGCACGCAUUGAAUGGCGAUCGCUGGCAAAUACACUGAACUUGAACUUCGUAGUGAAGUAAUCAGCAUUUCCCUAAGCUUUCGGUUAUCGUUAAACCGUUUUAUUGGCCCUAAGCCAGAGCACAAGCCUCUUGAGGGUCUAAAGUGAUUACUUAUCGAGCCGAAACCCGUGUGGGGCCAUCCUAUAAAAGCCGGGCCAAUUUCUUCUGAAAGCCAGUUCUGUGCUCGAAUCGAUACUGCGUUCAGUUCGAAAAGAAAUUGGAAAGUCGUCGCCAUGAAAUAUCUGUGCGGCAUUGUGCUCUUUGUCGCCCUUUUGGCCCUCAGUGUGAGGCCAUCUGAGGAGGCUUGUGGAUACGAGGCAUGUCCCAAAACCAAGGCCAACAUGAUCAACAUCCACAUGGUUCCCCACUCUCAUGACGACGUCGGCUGGCUGAAGACCGUCGAUCAGUACUUCUAUGGCCACAGGAGCAACAUCCAGCACGCUGGUGUGCAGUACAUCAUUGAUACCGUGGUCGCUGAGCUGAUCAAGGACCCCUCCCGUCGCUUCAUCCAGGUGGAGACCUCCUUCUUCGCCAAGUGGUGGGCCGAGCAGUCGGAGACCGUGAAGCAGGUGGUGAAGAAACUGGUCAACGAGGGUCGUCUGGAGUUCACCGGUGGAGCUUGGAGCAUGAACGAUGAGGCUGCCGUUAACUACCAGAGUGUGAUCGAUCAGUUCACCCUGGGAUUGAAAUUCUUGGAUGACACCUUCGGCUCCUGCGCUCGUCCCCGCAUCGGUUGGCAGAUCGAUCCCUUCGGUCAUUCCCGUGAGCAGGCCUCGAUCUUCGCUCAGAUGGGAUUCGAUGGAGAGUUCUUCGCCCGCAUGGAUCACCGCGACAAGAACGAUCGUAUCGACAACUUGGGCAUGGAGAUGAUCUGGGAUGCCAGUGACUCGCUGUCCAACGAUGAGAUCUUCACUGGCCUGCUGUACCGUCACUACUCGGCUCCUCCCGGCUACUGCUUCGAUGUCCACUGCGGUGACGAUCCGAUCAUCGACACCAAGAGCUACGACAACAACGUCAAGUCCCGCGUGGAUGACUUCCUCAGCUACGUGACUGAGGUCGCCAAGCACUACCGCUCCAACCACAUCAUGAUCCCCAUGGGAGACGAUUUCCAGUACGAAGAUGCCCAGGUCAACUUCAAGAACAUGGACAAACUUAUCAAGUACGUCAACGAGCGUCAGUCUGAGGGCUCCACCUUCAACCUGUUCUACUCCACCCCCGCCUGCUACCUGAACUCCGUGCACGAGGGACUCCAGACCUGGCCCAACAAGACCCAGGACUUCUUCCCCUACGGCAGCGAUGACAACAGCUACUGGACCGGCUACUUCACCUCUCGUCCCACCCAGAAGCGUUUCGAGCGCGAUGGCAACCACAUCCUCCAGGUGGCCAAGCAACUGAGUGUCUUCGCCGAGUUGACUGGCGAGCAGCAGAAGCAGGACCUCGAGUACCUCCGCGAGAUCAUGGGAGUGAUGCAGCACCAUGAUGCCAUCACCGGAACCGAGAAGCAGCACGUGUCCGACGACUACGAUCGCAUCCUGUACGACGCCAUCCUCGGUGGAGUCAACACCGCCCAAGCUGGUCUGCGCAAGCUGACCAACCUGCCCAACGGAGAGUUCGAGAGCUGCCUGCAGCUGAACAUCAGCGAGUGCGCCUUCACCAAGGACAGUGCCGACAACGUGGUGGUGACCCUGUACAACCCCCUGGCCCACACCUCCACCCAGUACGUCCGUGUGCCUGUGAAGAACGAGAACUACGAGGUUACCGAUGAGAAGGGUCGCGUUGUGGCCUCUGAAGUGGUUCCAGUCGCCUGGCAGGUCCUGGCUCUGGAGUUCCGCAACAACGACACUCAGCACGAACUGGUCUUCAAGGCUUCCGUCAACAAGAUCGCCAACUACUACAUCAAGAAGGUCGACAGUGGAGAAAGCAGGAACACCGUCGUGCUCACUUCACCCAAGAAGUCCGUCAAGACCGUUGAAGAGGUUCCCAGCCGUUUCAAGAAGGUUUUCGAUUUGAAGAACGCUACUGAGACCUUCGACGACGAAGUUGAGGGAGAGACUGUUGUGCAGACCUCGCAAGUCAAAUUGGUGAUUGACAACAAGACUGGUCUGCUGAAGACCGUCGAGAUGAACGGAGUCUCCGAGAACAUUGACCAGAGCUACGGUGUCUACAGGACCUACGACUCCGGUGCCUACAUCUUCCGUCAAUACCACCAGGCUGACUUCGUCGUCCAGUACGAGGGCGUCGAGUUCACCGUUUACGAUGGAGCUCUGGUGAAGGAGAUCCACCAGCAGUUCAGCGAGUACGUCUCCCAGGUCAUCCGCAUCUACGAGGGCAGGAACCUCGUGGAGUUCGAGUGGCAGGUUGGACCCAUCGAGAGGGAGGAGGAGUUCGGCAGGGAGGUGGUCUUUAUCGUCAACAGCACCAUUGCCAACAAUGGCGUAUCCUACACCGACUCCAACGGUCGUCAGAUGAUCAAGCGCAUUAAGGACCAGCGUGAAAACUUCACUCCUGGCUUGGACAGGCAGCCAACUGCUGCUAACUACUAUCCAGUUACCUCUCGCAUUGCUCUGCAGGACAGCAAGAAGCGCCUUGCCCUCCUGAACGAUCGUGCCCAGGGAGGAGCCAGCAUGAUUGAUGGACAGAUGGAGCUCAUGUUGCACCGCCGUCUCGUCCGCGAUGAUGGUUACGGAGUGGGAGAGACCCUGAACGAGGAGAAGUACGGCCAGCCCAUGAUUGCCCGCGGCAAGGUCUACCUGAUCCUCAGCCCCGCCGACGAGACCACCUCCUCCACUGCUGAGCGCGAGGCCGAGAAGGAAAUCCACCUGCCCUUCUGGAAGUUCUUCAGCAAGAACACCGGAAGCACCACCGCUGCCGCCAAGUCGGUUCCCAGCUUCGAGGACUUCCCCAAGUCGGUCCAUCUGCUCACCCUGGAGCCCUUCAACGAUGACGAGGUGCUGCUGCGCGUGGAGAACUUCCUGGACCACACCGAAGGCAAGGUGGUCAGCUUCAACAUUCACCCGAUCUUCGAGUACUUGAACGGAGUUAGCAUUCGCGAAACCACUUUGGACGGCAACCUGCCCUUGAGCGACAUGAAGCGAUUCAAGUUCCACCACGACAGCGCAGGACAGAGGCCCAGCGAAGUCGAGUACUACACUACUUCCCACAAGCCUUUGGCCGCCGAGAAGUCCCAGGAAGCCUCCGACUUCAGCGUCACCCUGCACCCGAUGCAGAUCCGCACUUUCAUUAUUAAGACAGAGUAAACCAAAGUUCUCAAAACAGUAUUUCACGAAAUGUAAAUAGUAAACUGAAUAAAUUCAAUGUAUAAAAAAA